UACAGGUGUCUUUUCUUCAAUGAACUUUGACCUAGAUGAAUUGGAUAUCAAAAAUGUUGCAAUCGUUGCUGUCUUAUUUCAGAUUCAAAAGUGAGGAAACAGAUGGUUACAAAUCAUUUUGCGGAAUCUGUGAUCUCCGCAAACUUUUAAAACCAUCAGUGGCCUGGUGUUCAGAAUGUGAUGAACAUCUUUGUAAAUCUUGUAUGGAUCAUCACACAUUUUCUAGAGCAACAAAGGACCACAAAACAAUUACAAAUGUGGAAUACAACAAGUUAUCUCCCUUUAUAAAAAAUAUCAAACCAUUUUGUGAAGAACAUGAAGACAAGUACCAAAUGUACUGUCACAGUCAUGAAAGUCCUUGUUGUAGGAAAUGUUUACUAAAAGAUCAUUGGAACUGUAAGGACAUUCAUCCAUUGGAAGAUAUGGUGCAAAAUGUCAAAUCAUCCAGUGCUUUUGAAGACCUCGAAAAAAUGUUGGAAGAAAUGGUGAAGAAUAUAAAGAAUAUCCAGGAAAACAGAUUAAGGUACUUGUUUUCAAUACAGAAGUCAAAAGUAGAUAUUGAAAAUGAAAUUCAGCUUAUUAGACUUCAAAUAAACAAACAUCUAGAUCAAGUGCAGAACAAGCUUAUAUUGAAGCUAAAUACAGAGGAAAACAAGGUUGUGAAUCAGAUAGAAACUUUCACGGAGUCACUGAAGGAAAAAGAAAAAAAAAUUGAUGAACUUUUGACAAAUUUUCAUCAUAUAAAAAAAUGUGCAUCAGAACUUCAAGCGUUCUUAAGCAUGAAACAAAUAGAAAAGACAGUUGUUCCUUGUGAACAAUAUAUCCAGAGUUUGUUCAAAGAUAGAACUCUUGAACAAACUACUAUAUCGUGCAGUAUUAACAACAAAAUUAAAAAAAUUAGUACAAGAAUACUAAGUUUUGGUAAAAUUAACAUUAGUAAAAAGGAAUGUGACAUUUCACUGAUCAACGAAAGGGAAAGACAAGCACAAAUUAUGGUUGAUGUGUCUGUUGACAACUUAACUCUAAAGUUAAUACAGAAAAUAAAUAAUUUUGGUAGCCAGGUGACGGGAUGUAAAAUAUUACCUAGUGGAAAGAAGCUUUUUUGUAAUUAUUCACCAGCUCGUCUUAUAUUGGUCAGUAUGGAUGGAUUAAUUGAAAAAACAAUUUCUCUGGAAACAAUGAGUGCCUUUGAUGUGACACAUCUUGGCAAUGAUACAGUAGCUGUGACAUCACCGAUAGAUUCUUGUAUUACAAUAGUUGACCUUUGUAGACAGGAUGCCAUAAGAACCUUCAAAACAUAUGUCAGCUGCUUUGGAAUAACAUUCAAUAAUGGGCAAUUAAUAUUCUGUGCUUUAAAUAAAGGAUUGCGAAAGUUAGACUUACAAAAUGACAAUAAAAUUACAAAUGUUGUGACAUUUAAAUGUUCUGAUGAAUCAUAUGUUACAUCAUGGCAUGAUCAAUUGUACUUCACAGAUGCCAAAAUGAAAGCUGUAUUUUGUUUUAAUACAGCAGGAGAAUUUAAGUGGAAAUUCGAAUUAGAGGAAACAAUUCCAGGAGGAAUAUCCAUCAAUUGUCAUGGCAAUGUUAUUGUUGCUUGUAGGAACACUGCAAGUGUUAUCUUGAUCUCUCCUAGUCAAGCAAGAUUUAAAUCAGUUCUGGACUGGGAUGACAUUCUAGAUAGCCCUCUAGCUGUUGAUUAUGAUAAAGAAACAAAAUGUUUGCUCAUUUCUUGCACAAGUGGAUCAGCUUUUUUGUUUAUUGUAGAAAAAGAAUAAAUUUUCAUAGCAGAU